CGCCUCGUUCCUUUUUGCUUUCUCUCGUUCUCUCUCCUCGGCUCGCCGGCCGUUGAUUGCAGCAACAAGAAACCAAGAUGGCGACGGCGGGCGGAGAUGGCGACGUGAUUAUGGCGCCCGCGGCACCCCCAACGGUGGCUUCACAUUCCUCGAUGCCGCUGAUGUUGAGCGAGGAGGACGAGGGGACGCGCAGAGAAGCAGAGUCCUUCAAGGAACAGGGAAAUGCAUUUUAUGUCAGAAAGGACUACAAUGAAGCAUACAACUACUAUACAAAAGCAAUAGAUGCAUGUCCCAGCAAUGCCAGUUAUUAUGGAAACCGUGCUGCCACUCUCAUGAUGUUAGGCAGAUUUCGGGAGGCCCUGGGGGAUGCUCAGCAAUCAGUCAGAAUGGACGAUAGCUUUCUGAGGGGACAUCUAAGAGAGGGAAAGUGCCACCUAUCUCUGGGGAAUGCUAUGGCUGCCAGUCGCUGCUUCCAACGAGUUAUAGAAUUGGAUCAUGAAAAUCCACAAGCAGAGCAAGAGCUGAAGAGUGCCAAAGCUGUUCUAGACUAUGAGAAAAUUGCUGAAGUUGACUUUGAAAAACGGGACUUCCGAAAGGUUGUCUUUUGUAUGGAUCGUGCUCUAGAAUUUGCCCCUGCCUGUCACCGGUUCAAAAUCCUCAAAGCAGAAUGUUUAGCUUUGCUAGGUCGCUAUUCUGAAGCCCAGUCUGUUAUAAGUGACAUCUUGCGAAUAGAUUCAACAAAUGCUGAUGCUCUCUAUGUCCGAGGACUUUGCCUUUACUAUGAGGACUGCAUCGAGAAGGCUGUACAGUUUUUCGUCCAGGCAUUAAAAAUGGCUCCUGACCACGAUAAAGCCUGCCUUGCCUGCCGUAAUGCCAAAGCACUGAAAGCAAAGAAAGAUGAAGGUAACAAGGCUUUCAAGGAAGGGAAUUAUAAGCUGGCCUUCACACUUUAUACAGAGGCUCUAGCAAUAGAUCCAAACAACAGGAAAACCAAUGCCAAACUCUACUGCAAUCGUGGAACUGUUAAUUCUAAACUUGGAAAACUAUGUGAAGCAAUAGGAGACUGUACAAGUGCUAUCAAACUGGACGACACAUACAUCAAGGCCUAUCUAAGAAGAGCACAGUGUUACAUGGACACAGAGCAGUAUGAAGAUGCUGUGAGAGAUUAUGAAAAAGUUUACCAGACAGAGAAAACUAAAGAACACAAACAGCUACUCAAGAACUCACAGGUGGAAUUGAAAAAGAGUAAAAGGAAAGAUUAUUACAAGAUCCUGGGUGUGGAUAAGAAUGCCUCUGAAGAUGAAAUAAAAAAGGCAUACCGGAAACGGGCCCUAAUGCAUCACCCAGAUCGGCAUAGUGGAGCAAGUGCUGAAAUCCAAAAAGAGGAAGAAAAGAAAUUCAAAGAAGUUGGUGAAGCCUUUACCAUUCUCUCUGAUCCAAAGAAAAAGGCCCGCUAUGACAGUGGCCAGGAUCUAGAGGAAGAUGGCAUGAAUAUGGGAGAUUUUGAUGCUAAUAAUAUCUUCAAAGCUUUCUUUGGAACACCUGGAAGUUUUAGUUUUGAAGCUUCUGGACCUGGGAAUUUCUUUUUCCAGUUUGGCUAAACUACGGAACAGGUCCAUUUCAUCUACUGAAAUCCACAGUUUCCCUGACCUGCUUCUUUUAAUUUCAAGUUUCAUCUUCCCUUCAUUGCAUCUCAGCAUUUCUUAGGGCUGUGGCAUUUUUUCUGUUGGAAACAUCAAUUUUUUGUGUGUGCUUUAGAGUGUGAUGAGAAAACCAGCAUUUGAAGGGAAGCUUGUUAAUUUUAUAUGAAAGCGAGAGAAAGGGAGAAAAAUCUGUGGAUUUCUCCAUUAAGUAAUUUUAGAUUCCUAAGCUGCUGGGACUUCAUUCAGGGAAUCCUUACAUUUUGAAAACUGGAUAUGCCAUGCCUUUAUUGGGUUCACAAUGUGGGGAAAGUGAAAUGAGGUUUUUUUUACUUUGGUUGUAUUGUACUGACUGUAGCCAUAUUGAAACCUUAUUUCCAGAAACAUUUCAGACACUUGAGAAAUACAAAGAAGUUUUACUGAAUUAUUCCCUGAGUCAUUUUUGGAAUAAGAGUUGCCUCUUCUCAGCACUUUCUCUUAAUAUUCCCAGAGUCUCUUUCUUUGAGGAACACUUUAUGUUUCCAAUUGCUUGAGUACUUCAGGAAAAUGGUAAGGGCUGAUUUCUUACAUGGACAUCCCAUUUUGAUGGUGGCUUCCAGAUCAACAUAUACACUUGAUUUCAUUAAAAAGCUCAUAAACUCUGAGGUGAUUGUCAGGUGUUAUGAAGGGUAUAUGCGUUUGUGUGUAUGUGUGUGUGUGUUGUUAGAUCUACAGUGCAUAUUUCAAAUUUCCACCUCAACAUGUGAUGUCAUGGUUCUUGCAUGUACAAGUCCACUCUUAAGUGUUGGAAUCUCUUAAAAUUAAUUGAAAUCUCAAAAAGCAUUUUUGAUGUUGAGAAGAUUUUUCAGAAUUUAACAAUGUGUUGAAAGUUUAAAAGAAGAAAUUCAGCAUUAUUUCAGGGGAAAGAACCCUUAUUAGUAACCAGCCACAUUGAAGUUCAUGUUAUUUUUUAAAGUUUUGCUCAAUAUUAGCCCCAUAUUGACAGUAAUCUAUAAUAUCAUUUCUGCUAUGGACAAUUAGCUCAUUCCUUUUUCCACAAUAGUAAAAAUCAUCAGUAGACUAUCAUCUCUAACAAUUUUCCUGUUGAACCACUUUAUAUACUAGGUGCAGUUUUCACCAUUUUAUGGUGAAAAUUCUCCUUAUAGACUCCCUUAGUUUUCCUCAAUUCAGACCACACUCUCUGGGAUAUGAGGGAAGCUGAAAUCUCAGUACAUCUAGGGAAAUCAAAUUGGGGAAGAUUAGCCUGGAAGAUCAAUAUUCCAAUGAAUGAAAUUGUUCAACAUAACAAAGGCGUGGCAUUUGCAUUACAAAUAGGUUUUAGCAACUUUUCUAUUUAUGAGACCAGGGGAAAAGUUAACAAAGAACCUCAAAAAAUGUAAUCAUUUUAAAACUAUUCUUGUGCUGGACUUCUGUUCAAUGAAAUGUUAAGAUAUUGAUCCAAUAUGAAACAUUGUUUCAAAAGAGGCCCAGAUUAUGUCCUAGGAAUAAUCCUCUAUUUUUCAAGAUACUCAGUUAAUGGGUUCUGAUAAACUUUAGACUAGCAGUAAGUUAGACUUUGUCUGCAUCAUUUUCUUUUAUAGUUCCCAAAUUGAGGUACUCAAAAAAUGGUUAAAGAAAUUCAGUCUAUUGCGUGAUGUCCAGGGAUUAAAUGAGAAACUAAAGCGGGAAGAGAAUAAACUCAAGAGUUUGCCUCAGCCAAGAUUGCAUGCCUAUUCUUGGCCAACAAAUAGUAAAUAUUGAAUAGUUCAGGAUUUUAUUGGGCAGUCAAUUUCUAUUGGUAGAAUUUAUUGUAUUUGGUUGAAGGCAUAUAUUUAAAAGUUAUUUGGUGGAAUUGUGUUGUGUCCAUUCUCUAUUAAAGGUAAUGACAAACAGGGUAAUUCAGAAACUGGCACAAAAAGCUAUGAAAUCAACCAUCUCCCUCUUCAUCACUUUAGGUUGAAAGAAGUUAAAACAACAGCAUGUUAUCUUCAGAGACUGAGGUGUCAAGAAUCAAUCCUGGCAUCCUGUGAAUUUUCUACUUUUAAGAUAUUCUGGCUCUUUGCAAUAAUUUAAUUUUGAAACUUCACAGAGGAUUAUAAGAAUAUUAAGAGUUUCAGUGGAUGGCAGCCAGGUUUUCUGAUCAUCUCUACACAGCUGGGAGUAGUAGUAAGAUUUUUUUUAUCAGUUCCAAAAGUCAAUGAUAAAAGGUUCCUGGACCUUAAAACUGAUUGCAACCUAAAAAGUGAUGAAUGCUGUAUUACUUUGCCUUUCUACCUUUUUUAUUAUCUACCAUUCUUCUCAUUGCAGUCAUUAAAGAUGUUCUGAUACGCUUGCAUUAUAUAUUAGGCCAUGUAUAACAUGUUUUUGAAAUUCUCCACCCUAGUAACAAUCAUUUUAUAAUUUGAAUUUGUUUCUUAACUCUCAAUAUUUUUUUAAAUUAGCCAAGCUAUCUUUAAGAGGUACCAAAAACUAUGUGUGACGGAUAAGCAAAGAAUUAAUUAAUUAUCUGUCUGAGGCUUGGAGUGUACCUGUAAAGAUAUACAUUGUCAGAAUGUUGCAGUGAUCAUAACAAGGUGAAAUGAGACAUUAACCUUUUUGGUAUUAUCCUUAUGGAAACUCCCUGAGAAUAAAGAAUAGGUAUAGAGAGGGUCUCAAACAUUCUUUUUACUGCUAGUUAGCUUGCCAUAGAGGAAGGCAUAUAUUGCUGGCAAUCUUAAAUAAUAUCACUUAACCACUUAAAAGUACCACUUUCUCCCAUCAUAUGUGUACACAAAAUCUCUAAGCAGAGAACUAAGAGCCAAGACUUUUCUCAUGAAGUGAUGCAUGAGACAAUUUCUUUGGUGAUGUAGAUCAAAAAGCAGCAUAUUUUAGGGAAACUUGCCAUUUUUGCCUAUUUUCCUGUACACUUGAACAAGUGUUCUUGCAUGCAGUGUCCUCUUUGCUGUACAGUUACAUUUGCAAGGAAUGCCUGAGCAGAGGACAGGUAGACCAGACAGGUAAACUUCAGGUUCAAGCCACCUAAAGAAAGGCUGUUUGGCAAGGAAUUGAUAGCAUACCAUUUUAGACUUCUUAAUAAUACAUCUGUUGCAUGUUCUGUUUUUAAAACAGCAUCCUGUUCCCUUUACUCUCUCCUGUGGAUAGUUUCAGACACAUGGAUAGCCAUAGUGCCCCACUUCAAUCUUUUCACUUACAGUAUCUAAGGUGAAGAUUAUUUAAACAAAAAGUGGUGACUGUUCAUUAAGCAGGAUUCAUAAUGUGUUUAUAUGCAGAAUUUUGAACCAGACUGAAGCACACCCAAUUGCUAUUAACUUUAUUAUAAAAUGUAUAUGAUGUACAAAAAAUAAACACUCCAGAUCUCACUGGUGACUUAUGCUUCUUUGAAUUGAGUAGACACUGCUGAGACUGUGAGUGUGGAGGCAUGAUGCUAGAUUGAAUAAUUGGGAGGGGAGAAAUCCAAAAAUCUGUGGCAGUCGGUGUUAAAUUGUAGCUUGUUUGUUUUUUGAUAACAAGAGAAGUAGACAGGAAGACUACCAAUGUUAAAACUGGGAAGAGAACCACAGAUUUCCAUCAUGUACUAGGACUGUUCAAUUUCUUUUUUUUUUUUAAGUGCUUCACAAAGCACAGAUCUGUAUUUGAAUAUUUAUCUUGGAAUCCUUAAAGGAGCCAUGCAUUUUUCUUGCCUCCUAUAGCUGCUUUAGAAGUGCUCUGGCUCUUUUCCUGUGCAUGGCUGUUUCGCUUUGGGGUCACCUGGAGACUCAUGGAGCACUUCCAGAGCAGCAUCCAUGAGCAUCUUUCAUAAGACGAAAUGACUGGUGGUAAACUACAGUUAACAUCUGUACCCAAUUUCAGUCCUUAACCUAUAGACCUAUGAAAAAGCCCAAUCUCUUCUCUGCAUAUAAUCUGAAACUUCAGAUUAGCAAAGGCUUGAGUAAAGAGUUCCAUAUCAAUCAGUCUAAUGUAAAUAUCAACACAAAUGUUUUCUGCAUGUUAAUAAAUUUAUUUCAGUGUAUUUUACAGUCACUAUGAAUCUUAAGUAUUUUGUAAAGCAGAACAAGAAUUAUUGUUUCAAGUUACAUCAAUCAAAACCAUUGAAAUGUGCUUCUUUCUUACAGGUUUUUUUAAAAAGCUUUGACCAUAUUUGAGUUGUAUUAACAGUAAUUUGAUGUUUAAACAACAAAUAUUUAAGAAAUGACACAAAUAUUUUGCAAAUGCAAGUUAUAUUGUUUCCUGAGCAAUAGCACAACCAGCUUUUUCUUGUAUAGCUAAGCAUUCAAGAAAAGUAAAUGACCCAACCAUUCACCUAUCUUACUUUAUAUAUUGGAUGUUUAUAAUUCUAAGUUUCAAGUGAUGUAUGUUUUGUAACUUAUUUCAUAGCUUUCAAUGUAUAAUAGGUUAACCAGCUCCCAUUUUAAACUAGCUCCCAUCUAGAGCAUAUUGAAUGUGAGCAUAUCAAAAGCAUAACCAGGAAUUACAUAGGACAACUAUUAUUGUCAUUGUAUUCACAUUGAUGGUUUAAAAAAAUCUGCCCUAGUCCAAUGUUCUUGUCAUAUGUUUGAUUACCUAUAGUCCCAAAUUAACCUGGCUUAAAAUCAUUCACAAUGAAGAUAAUUGAUUAUGAAUGAACAACACUGUCAUUCAACCUAAUUGAAGGACAUCAGAUUUGCAAAAGCUGGCCUUGGAUAUUUUUUCUCAAAACAAGGGUCAUGUUCAGUGAGAUUAAAUUCUGUGUGUUAAAGGGAAGGACUAACCAUAAUGUUACGAAUAAACCAACUCAAAAGUGGGGAUUAGUUCAGGUAUCUAUUGCCCAGCUUUGCAAAUAGAUGGUGUGAAAGAUAGCUAUAAUCUAGACAACACUUUGGUUGCUAACAUACUGUUUAUACAGCUCCUACUCAAAGGAAAGUAAGUUGGCUAUGUGUUUAACUAGACUUACUUGGGGGAACUUAAAUCAGUUGUGUACACAAAAUAUAUGCCACUCAAUAGGAUGUGGUUCAACUGAAAUUAGAACAUGUUCGGCUUCUCCUUAUUUUUAGCAGUUUAACUCAUGCCAUACUGCAUAUAAAUAUGUUAUAAAAUAAAAAACACAUAAAUUGUAAGUUUUAAAAUGUUAGUUUCUUCCUUGAAGUAUGCUUUGAAAUGUUGCGUAGUUUUAAGUACUGGGUGCUUUGAACUUCAACUUUCACAACAGUCUGACAGCAGGGGCAACAGUGAUGCUGGCUAAGGUUGAUAGAAGUUAGAAUCAGUAUAUAUAAAUAAAGAGUUAGGGAAUUUGUAUAUUUACCUUAGAAUAUACCUCUUUGAACUUUGAAGGAUUUACUUCUAAGUUUAUAUGCAUUUUGAUGGCACCAUGAAUAUAUUCUUCAGAAAACAAAGCUGUAUAUCAAAGCAUUGAACACACCAUCUAUUGUCUAAAAUACUUGUUCAUUGAUACAUAUUUUACUGCACUGUUUUCAUAAAAUUUGAAGCUCUGAUGGAUUACUUAUCCAAUGCAAUUAAAAUCAUAGAUACAUCCUUA